AUGUUUCGUCAAUCUAUUCAAAGAGUUGCUUUGAGAAGUCAAUCAACUGUGACCCAAACUGCUCCCAGAGCUUUGUCCAAUGCUCAUAUUGGUAAGUUAGAAGCCAGAUGGGAAUCUUUGUCAAAGCAAGAUCAAACUACCUUGAUAGAUGAAUUGAAGGCUAGACAAGUCUUACCAUGGUCUGAAUUGACUCCAGCUGAAAAGAAGGCUGCCUACUACAUCUCAUUUGGUGAAUGGGGUCCAAGACAGCCUUUAUACCUUCCAGGUGAACGUGCCAAGGUCUUUUGGGGUACUGUUGGUGGAUGUCUUGCCGGUAUUGCUUUGUUUGCUGGUAUCAGAUCAUUGGCUCCUGGUCCAGAACCAGUUUCUAUGAACAGAGAAUGGCAAGAAGCUUCGGAUGAAUACUUGAAGUCAAAGAAUGCAAACCCUUUCACCGGUUACUCCCAAGUCCAAUAA